AUGUCGUUACUGAAGCUGGUGCUGGACGUGGGCGCGAGCCUGAUUUGGGAUGGCUGCAUACCUGUACCCGGAGGAGGAAGACCCGGAGGCGCCUUCUCCUGGUGGCUCGGCCCGUGCGGCGGGACGGAGCUGGUGCCGGAGGAGAUCAAGGAGACCUUCGGCAUCCUCAGCUCGGUGACAGAUGGGGUAUCGCGCUUCAAGAAACCAAAGGCGCCCAAGGGCAGCGGCAAGAAGGGUGACGAUGCAAACCUCACGAACAGAGCCAAGCCCAAGCAGGGCACGGGCAGCGGCGCCAACGUGUUAGGAAAGACGCAGCUGGGUAGCGUUGGUAUCCGCAAGAAGUGCAACGUGCCCAAGUCGCAGUCGACCCAGCGGCUGGGCAUAGCCAAGAACACUAUGCGCCGGCAGUCGUGCGUGGCUGACCAAACGCAAAGGGAAGAGGUCAUCGUCACCUCCCUGACCUACAGCGCCCGCACCACCCAGGUGAAGGCUACAUGCAGCGCCGCCUGUUCGCAGGCCUGCUACUACUACAGCAGCGUCAUCCGUAACAACCAGGCUUGGGCUACCUUGACGUGUCCGCAGGCAGCUGCCACCACUGCCCAUCGCCAGGACGGCCAGGCCACGGCCACCUGGAGCACACAGCACCGCGGUUCUGGCUGGACCGAGGAAAUCAACCGCCAGCAAGAGGGCUGCGACUGCGACGAGUACCCGCCGGCCUACCUGCUGGACGCCAACAGCCCCGCCAUCCUUAACUCGGGCGUUGACCGUACCGGCCAGCUGGUGCGAUAUGUCCCGGACACGGAGAAACACAAGGCUGGCCAGAUGUGGAAGGGCGCCUGCUUCGGAGGCACACUGCAAGAUUUGUCGGACACAAACUUCGACGCCGCCGUCAGCCGCGACCCGGCGAGCGCCAAGCACGUCAGCCGCCCCAAGUCCCAGCUGCUGCGCACGUACAUGGACAGUGGCGUCAACACACAUCCCGAGUUCACCAUCGCGUCGUACGACCACUUCGGCAGCCCACCUGCCAAUGACGGCCUCAACGACAACCAGUGCUGGCCCAGCGGUAUUGCGGCCGCCGACUCGGGCUUCGCCCUCCUGACGUACGACCCCUACUACGACACAAACCCCAUGCCGUACAGGUACGAUCAGGCCUAUGUGCAGGGCGCCAACGGGUCAUAA